AGGGGCUGCACAAUCGACAAUCGAGCUGUGCCAGGAGAAUGCUUAAAAUGAAUCCGUCACCCGGCGCUGGUGUCCCUGGGGAGGGCGAUACUCGCUAGAGCUCUUGUGUUGGCUGUCAUAUAAACACUUACACCGUACAUGCCGUCACAAUAUCUUUCCCGCUCACGCUCGAGUAUCCCGGCUCUAGGCAGGACUCCAGCCGCUAUGACAAACAAACAAUAUAUAGAUCCCGGCUCAGUGCUACCGAACAAGACCUUGCUGAGAAGAACAGCAGAUCGCUUGCUCUCAAGCAGCACCCCGAUAUUUCUAACGAGAUUAUCAACUCACGUCUUGCUAGCGGGCCAAUUACGGCGGGGCCAUUCCUAUACGGGGCGAGCAUUUCUCCGACCUAUAUAUUUCCAUCCCCUAAGUAAUCAUCUAUGCAUUUUGUUGAGCCGAUCGAUUAUUCUUACGAGGCUUUCCAUGCAUGCACGAGUUCAGAUCUGGCCCUCAUUAUCCUCCAUAUCCCGCGUGAUGUGUCAAGAGACUCCGAAGCAAGAUUGUAGCUCAAAGUCCGAGUCAUUCGUCCCUUUGCUACCAACACCCUAACCCUACAUUCAUAUCACAGCAACUAGAGCGCGGUAGUACGUUCAGACCUCCAUUAAAGGUACGCCGGGUUUAGCUGCCACG